GCGCGCCCCUCGCUCCAGCCACACCGCUUCCCCGCCCCGCCAACCCGCAAGCCCUCGCUCUCUCCUUCUCUCUUUCGCUCUCCGUCUCACCCCCCCCCUUCCCAAAAACUCCUCGGCCACGCUUCGUAAGGAGAGAACCUUCGAGGACUCCCAGCGCGACUGACGUGUCUGGCAGCGCGCUGAGCCAUUUCCCGCCAAAACUCUGCCCAGAACGACGCCGCCGCCCGCACGCCACCUCCGCCCACUCCCGCCAUGGCUGACAUCCUCCUCUACGAUGAAGGGAGUAUCUUCGACGCUGACGAUCCCGACUUCGACCCCAGGGAAGAGGACGAUGCCAAAGUGGGGUCUAGCGUGUUACACUCUGGUCUGCAAACCUCAAACCAUCUCCAACCAGCCAUGUCUUGUGGAAUGAUCCAAACUGACAACUACUUCUCCUCUAGCAGCUGGAUAUCUAGGAGUGAGAGCAGCGAGAGUCUGUCACGACUUGACCUGGUAAGCCCACACCAGUGCCCCACGGAGCCCAUGAUGACCCUGGAGGACCUUCGAUCACAGUACAACUCAUGCUACACGUGCGGAGUGAGCUGGUCAGACAAUCAUGUCUCACUGGACUGCGGAGAGUGUGGCGGGUACUCCCUGGAGCGGCCGUGCCCUCUCUGUGAUGGCAAGUGCCGCAUGGCUUGGCGCCGCGACAUCUCCAUGUCCCAUAGUGUUGGCAAGGCUCACUGGGAGGGGGAGUGUGCGUUGUCUGUCAACGACAGGCCUGCUGUACCAGCCUUCCUUGCUGAGGAUGUGUUAGUACAGGGCUUGGAGGAUCUCUCCACCUCCUCAUGAGUGCACCCCUCCACAUAAUCCUCAAGAAUCUCUGGUCAGGGUAGCAUCCUCAGCCCCGUAACUCAGGUCAGAUCGGGUCCAGCUUUACACCAUGACUACCCUCCCAUGGCUGAUGCCUUUAUCUGGACCUCUCUUGGAAAGGAUAGGGUGCUUCACCAGGUGGUCCAGCCCUCACCCCCAGCUGCUUCCAAGCUGUAACAGACAAUUGCCCCAGAACAUUGGAAAUGUUCAGGAUGUGCCAUUUGCUCUGAGUGCUUGGGGUGCCUGUGGAGGAGUUGGCUGGAUGCAUUCUCCCUGUCAUAAGAUCUUUGUGACCGUGGUGGGUCUCCUGCCCAUCUGAGGCUUGUUUGUAAAGUGGUGAACACCAUACUGAGGAAGGAGGUUGAUGCUAAUCUGGUCUAGUCAGCACAAAACAUCUCAACACAGCUCAGUGAUGACUAUUCUUCAUUGACAUAAAUCCACCUUCUUUGGUAUCUUUACCACUUGUGUCCAUCUAUGGUUAUGUAAUUUCAGGGAGUAAAAGUAAAAAAAAUUGACCAAAACUGACCAUCAUCACCUUGUGUGAUACUCUGUGAUAUUAGCCAUUACUGCAGAUAUUGCCUACAGCAAAUGUCAGCAUUACAAGAAUGAGCAGAGACAGACCUGCUGCACUGCUUUUUGGCCUCUGUCACUGCUGUAUCUCUUUAUGUUGAUAUUAUAAAAUAAGAAAAUGCAAUUUGUAUCAAUCUACCUGACUGACCUGCCAAGACCAGUGUGGUGAGGACCUGUGUUGUCACCCUGACCUGAGGAGACCUGCUACCUGUCCCCUCGCACACCCACUCUACCUAUGAGCUUGCAACCCAAAGAAAAUCCAUAAACUUCAUAACUUAAUUUCAAAUGAUCAAAAUCUAUUUGAACAAUUUGCUCAUAAUUCUCAAGAGUAAAAUUUAUAACUUGAAAUGGUCUGAAUAGCCAAGCCAUGCGUGGGUGUGGGAGGGGUCUUAGCCUCUCUCCAUCUGUUACCUAGCUACAUUUAGCAUACCAUUUUGUUUCCUUUAGAUGUAACAUGAAACUUCUGGAUUCUCUGCUUCGUAAGGAAUGCUUGUGACAUUUCCUUGAUUUCCGUGAAUCUGUAUUAUCGUGUCUGGGGUCCUUCCCUGUGCCCCUGUGUGUGCAGAAUGACUGGCCUAUGGAUGGGUAUCUUGUGUGUGACUGGUCCAUGUGCCGUACUGUGGAGCAAAUGACUGAACUGUGGCUGAGCCUUACAGAGGACUGGCCACCUCUAUUGCAUCUCAAGCCUCUCAUAUCCAUGUGCUAUUCAGAGACUUGUAACGACACAUUAUUGAGCUUAAUAUAAUAAUGUAUAGACCAGUGCUCAGUGUGGAAACGUUGAUACCAACUUAGAUACACAAUAAUAUCCUUGCUGGUAAUGAUCCUAAAGCUUUAUUAAUGCGUGAAUUAUUCUGCUGGCAGUUGCCACAGUACAUUUCAAUGCCCACAAACAUAUUCCCACUCUGUAAGCUCCUUUGAUCACUUGACUCAGUUAAAUUUCAUGAAUUUAAGAAGUGAAUGGAUAUGAACUUCAUAAUAACUGACAAUUAAUUAAGCAUCACACCAACAACUUAUUUGCUUAUAUUCAUUAACAAAAAGAAGCACAAAUUUGUUUAAAACUCAAACCAAUCCCAACCUAAAAUUAUGGCAAUCCCAUCAUAAUGCUUAAAUUUAAUGGAGCAAGAAGUCCUGUAGGAUGACUGAUGGUUGAGAGUGCCAAGCAUCCUGCUGUUACACCGUAAGUGCUGACUACCCAAAUGCCACCCCAGUCUUAGCCUGCCACAUCAACAACAGUAUCCCGGCCACACUUUUUGUUGCUCAGUUUGUACAUGGAGUAUUUUGUAUGACAUAUGAUGACUCCUUUGAGUGUCGCCAUGCAACCAUGUCCAGAUUAGCCAGUUUUGUGUUUAUGCAGUGAGAAAUAUCUGCUGCAAAAACCCGGGUGGUACAGGUGCUCUCUGGAAACUGUACACCCUUUGCUCACAUCCCUUUGCAGGACAUUGGUUUUCUGUUUUAUACAGAGUUGAUUUUCUAGCGGAGUAUUAGUAAGGAUAACGCAGGGAGGUUGAACUGUUUUUAUAUAGCUUUUCAACUUUUCGAUACAAGCAGUCAACAGUGCCAGUUUGGAGAAUCACGUACAUGCAAGCUGGCGUUUUUGUUUUCAUUGCACAGUUACAUUUCAUUGUUCAUUUCUUUAAGCUGAUCAUAUAUUCUUACAUCUGUAUUGUUACACUGUACGUAGCCAUGUCAUGAGUUUUGGUGAUGAAUUUAAUGGCUCUGGUCAUGAAACUGUUUGCAUUCAUGACGAAUAAGACGCAGGUAAUUAGAUGAAUUCUGUAUGUAACAAUGUGAGGUAAUUAAGGACACGACAUCAAUUAUAGAACUGUUCAUCCAAAUAAUGAAUUAAUAGUUUACAAAUUUCUAUGAAUCAGUAGUAGGGAAAUUUGUGAGAAUUAAGUGAAUUUUGAGGAAAGCACUGAGAAAUUCACAGUAAUUUGAUGACUUCAGCACUGAAAGAAUGAUUAUCUGGCCGCUUUAUUUGGGAAAUGUAAAAAAAAAAAGCAUGACUGAUAAAUUGUAAAGGUGGAAGUUUAGUUCACUUAUAGCUAUCUUUGUAAAAUGCUCUAAAUUUUGAUGGUAAGGAAACUAUGGUUGUCUGUGGCUCCAUCUGUUGCUGCUGUGGUAAAUCUCUUGCAGCAGCAGUAACAGUUGGACAGCAACGCAACCAUCACAUGAAGGAAAAGUGUAUUAGCAGUGUGCGAGGCGGGUGUGUGGGGCAUGCUGCUGCAAGGUGUAUCCCAAGUCUACUUAUGUAUUAUCUUCUUCAAUACCUUCCCCUUUUGCAAAACUUUUCCGAUCAAUUCUUUAUCCUUGUCACUGCACACACUGUGACCCAUCUACUGUUUUCCACUGUUUCGUGCGCUGUGAAGGUUGCCGUGCAGCGCCCCACACAUUGCUGCUGCUGCUGGCUUCAAAUCAUCAUCUCAUGUUUAUAGUCACACAUUAACUUCAUUUCAAAAUAUUGUAUGUAUUUAUUUUAUCUUGCAGUUUAUUCGGCCAUAAAUCUAUAUUGCUGGAGGCUGUGUAAUAAUUCAUUUUUUUAAUAAAAGUAAAUAAAAUAUA